ACCCGUCUGAGUUGAGAUCAGAGAAAGAGAGAGAGAGAGCGAGCUUACAUUGAAGCAGAUAGAUAGAGAUGAGGAAGUUCGAUCCGUGGCCGGUUUUCUUCCGGCGAGAGUGGAGCCGCAACUGGCCGUUCCUGGUUGGUUUCGCCAUAACCGGCACGAUUAUCACCAAGUUAUCUCUCGGCCUCACCGAGGAGGACGCCAAGAACUCUCCCUUCGUGCAGAGGCACAAAAGGUGA